AUGGUUAGACACUCCAAAAACAUCCUUCCAAAGACAACUAACCCAAAUCCAGAGUCCAAUCGCUAUCCACCACAUCCCGCCGACCCCAGCCAUCCAUCGAGAUAUCAUCUCCAUCUCCAAGCACACCACCUCCGCUCACCCCUCCUCUCUGCCUCCGCGGAAAACCGCCGCAGAGACCCCCAGAAUCUGUCAACCACCAAAGCCACUUCACCUUCAACCCACCAAUCCCCCAUCCUACCAGAUGACAUCCAUUCCAUCCUUCCCUUUGCCCAUAUGAACAUCACGCACACAACAGGGCAACACACCGAGAACUCCAUUCGAGCGCCGUCCUCAACAACAAUCUUGUGGCAUUCGUGCCAACUGCAUUCCCAACCCUCAUCUAUCUCGUCCUCAACGAAGAUCGUUUCGGGGAGAGUCCUUUUCUCAGAUUCAUCACCGUGCUCUUCCAAUCCUCAUACUCAGCAGCCCAGUAUCUUCUCCUGCCCCACACUAGCUGGAAGGAAACUGGAAAGUAGCGGUUCAAUCUUCCUUUCUACAACUCUCCCCUCUUUUAUUGUAUCCAUCGUCUAUCUCCUCUCCGUCUCCUGCCGCCUUGUUCCAGGACAAACCGCCUUCACAAAUACCAAUUCCAGCGUCCUUAUCGACAUCCCGAUCCUACUAUGCUCUGUAGGAAGUCUAUCACUUAUCUUAAAAGAGCCCAAGUAUCGUUCCUACCUUGCAAUCGUAUCCCCUACACUCUCCUGCUAA